AUGGGCCUCUCUAAAGCUUUUCAAGUGCUUUCGCUAUUACUGUUAACCUUUCAUACUACCCUUGUCGCGUCGAGACCCCGCCCGGAACCCAAAUCAGCUUGGCUCAGAAAUUCUGCUAAACGAAAGGGCUUUCCCGGCUAUUCUAAACGCGAAGCUCCCAGCGGUACGGAUUGCGUUGAUACCCAGCUCGGGAAGCUAGCGGCUCCCAAACCAAACGUCUGGGCCGGACUCACCAAUGACGAAACUGCGUCAGUAACAGCAUGGUUAUUCGCCCAAACAUCGCUGAACCUGACUCAGACUGAGAAUGCAACGGAAUGGGACAAUACCAUAAUGCUAGUUGAGCUUAUGACGCCCAACAAAACAGAUGUUCUCGCUUUUCUCGAGGGCGUUGUUGAGCGACCGCCAACACGGUAUGCGCAUGUGAUGAUAGAUCACCGCGCUGAUGAGAACCCGUACUACGCGGAUAUCCUGGUCGGGCCGCUGCCCCUACAGAACGGAACCAAUGGAUCUGCCACCUGGGAGCCGUUGACCUAUCCCUUUACUAAACAAAACAAUGGUCGAGUCCGUAACCUUGACGCGGAUGAUGACACUCUGUACUCCGAUUGGCUCUACGUUGUCAGCGCCUCCAUCAAAGACAUUACCCUAGAAUUGUGGAACGGCACCUGUCUGGGCUUGGACAAUGACACGAUAGACGUGUGGGGAAUCGACCCGUUAUGGCAGGAUGACGGAAUCAUUCGAUGGGACACAUUCUGGAACUAUCCAACGUCAGAUUUUGACGCCGAGACUCUUCUGCCUCUAGGCCUUUAUUUCAUGUCAAACGUCACGGGCCGAGACCCAUCUAAGUGGUCGCUCGAAGGGUGGCUCUACAAUGACGUCUUCUAUCCCACCACAGAUGCUUUCCGUGCAGCAUUUUGGUCUCCCGGAUUCGAAAGAUUGCCUCCAAACGUGGAAGACACUUGGGCCGAUUCGGAUCAGGAGGGAACGGUUCCCCCGGCGGACAAAAUCUACCCACCUUCCUUGGUUGCUCCCGCUGGAUCCCGCUUUAGGGUGGACGUGGAAGAGCGAUAUGUUAAAUGGAUGGAUUUCGAUUUCUACUUAUCUUUCACGCGUGAUACCGGCUUACGACUGUUCAACAUUCGAUACAAAGGCGAGCGUAUCAUCUACGAGCUCGGCCUAGAGGAGGCACUGGCUCAUUACGCCGGAAAUGACCCUGUUUCAUCUGGAACCUCCUAUUUAGACAGUUUCUAUGGAUUCGGACCCUACGCAUUUGAACUCGUGAAAGGGUUUGAUUGCCCAAGCUACGCGACAUACCUCAACAGCUCUUUCUAUACGGCGGAAACAACACACACGCAUCUCGAUAGCAUCUGCCUUUUCGAAAUGGAUGCGGGGUAUCCUAUUCAACGCCAUUCUACUAUGAACUAUGUUUCUUCCACGAGGAACAUCUUCUUCACGGUGAGAAGUGUCAGCACAGUCGGGAAUUAUGACUACAUGUUCUCUUAUCAAUUUUACAUGGAUGGCUCCAUACAUAUAGAAGUGCGGGCCUCCGGAUACAUUCAAUCAACGUAUUAUGCUAAGAACGGAGACUACGGGUACCAUAUCCAUGAUGCUCUUUCCGGAAGCAUGCAUGAUCACGUCCUACAUUACAAACUCGAUAUGGACGUCCUUGGCACCGCAAACACUAUGCAAAUGACCACUCUCGUCGCUACGACCGAGACCUACCCCUGGUCCCGCGGCAAGUCUCGCAACACGAUGAAGCUUCAGCGCUCUUUCGUCGAAUCAGAGGACGAGAGUAAACUCUUCUGGGCCGCCAACGGUGCGACGCAAUUCUCAGUCGUCAACACCGACAAGCCGAAUGCUUUUGGGGAGUAUCGAGGGUAUCGAAUCCUACCUUCGGAAGGCACUAUCCAUUCGACAGUUCAGAACUCCAGUAAUCUGGUAAACGCAGCGAAUUGGGCCGGCUACGACUUGAUGGUUACGAAACAGAAAGACUCAGAGCCGCGCUCUGCGCAUCCGUUCAACUCGCAGGAUGUGUCUGACCCCCCUAUUGAUUUUAGCAAGUUCUUUGAUGGGGAGUCGCUCAUGCAGGAAGAUUUGGUCGUGUGGUUCAAUCUCGGCAUGCAUCACAUACCCCACACAGGCGACCUCCCCAACACGGUCUUCACUACCGCUCACAGCGGUCUCCAAAUCAUGCCGCUCAACUACCUGAAAGGCGACCCGAGCCGCGAAACUGUCAACAUGGUCCGCAUUAACUACAAAGACGGCGUUGUUAGCGAAGUCGCCGAGUUCGGGCAGAAAGAGCCGGUUUGUGCGCUGGAUUUCCAGCCGAUUGAGCCCGACUUGGCCGAUUAUAAGGGCGAUGUAGUCAUCAGGAAAUUCCCGUAUGAUCCCAGUGACUGGUACUAUGAGACGGAUAGUAUCGUGUAG